AUGUCGAAGGGACCAGCCGUCGGGAUCGACCUUGGCACCACCUAUUCCUGCGUCGGCGUGUUCCAGCAUGGCAAGGUGGAGAUCAUCGCCAACGACCAGGGCAACCGCACCACGCCCAGCUACGUCGCCUUCACCGACACGGAGCGGCUGAACGGCGCAGCCGCCACAAACCAAGGUGCGGACACGAGGCUUGCCUGCCUCCUGUACAGAGAUGCAAAACGGUUGAUUGGGCGUAGAUUUGAUGAUUCUGUUGUCCAGUCUGAUAUGAAGCACUGGCCUUUCACUGUGGUGAACGAUGCUGGCAGACCAAAAGUCCAGGUGGAGUACAAAGGCGAGACAAAGAGUUUCUACCCAGAAGAAAUCUCUUCCAUGGUUUUAACCAAAAUGAAGGAAAUUGCAGAAGCAUAUCUUGGGAAGACUGUUACUAAUGCUGUGGUGACUGUACCAGCCUACUUCAAUGACUCUCAGCGUCAGGCAACAAAAGAUGCUGGAACCAUUGCAGGGCUCAAUGUGCUGCGAAUUAUCAAUGAGCCGACAGCUGCUGCGAUAGCCUAUGGUCUGGACAAAAAGGUUGGUGCUGAAAGGAAUGUGCUUAUCUUUGACCUUGGCGGUGGCACCUUUGAUGUGUCAAUUCUGACUAUUGAAGAUGGCAUCUUUGAGGUGAAAUCCACUGCAGGUGACACUCACUUGGGUGGAGAAGACUUCGACAACCGCAUGGUCAACCACUUCAUAGCUGAAUUCAAGCGCAAGCACAAAAAAGACAUCAGUGAGAACAAGCGAGCAGUUCGUCGCCUCCGCACUGCAUGCGAGCGUGCAAAGCGUACUCUGUCGUCUAGCACGCAGGCCAGUAUUGAAAUUGAUUCUCUCUAUGAGGGUAUUGACUUCUACACAUCCAUCACCAGAGCUCGCUUUGAAGAGCUGAACGCCGACCUGUUCCGUGGCACCCUGGAUCCUGUGGAGAAGGCCCUGCGGGAUGCCAAACUUGACAAAUCGCAGAUCCAUGACAUCGUGCUGGUUGGUGGGUCUACUCGUAUCCCAAAGAUUCAGAAACUGCUGCAGGAUUUCUUCAACGGGAAAGAGCUGAACAAGAGCAUCAACCCUGAUGAAGCUGUGGCUUAUGGUGCAGCUGUGCAGGCUGCUAUUCUGUCUGGAGACAAGUCUGAGAACGUGCAGGAUCUGCUGCUGCUGGACGUGACUCCCCUGUCUCUUGGUAUUGAAACCGCUGGAGGUGUCAUGACGGUCCUGAUCAAACGGAACACCACCAUCCCCACCAAGCAGACUCAGACAUUCACUACUUACUCUGACAACCAGCCUGGCGUGCUGAUCCAGGUGUAUGAAGGAGAGCGUGCUAUGACCAAGGACAACAACUUGCUGGGCAAGUUUGAGCUGACUGGUAUUCCCCCUGCUCCCAGAGGUGUACCUCAGAUUGAAGUAACCUUUGAUAUUGAUGCCAAUGGCAUCCUGAACGUGUCUGCUGUGGAUAAGAGCACUGGCAAGGAGAACAAGAUCACGAUCACAAAUGACAAGGGCCGGCUGAGCAAGGAAGACAUUGAGCGCAUGGUUCAGGAAGCAGAGAAAUACAAAGCGGAAGAUGAGAAGCAGCGUGACAAAGUGUCUUCUAAGAACUCCUUGGAGUCUUACGCAUUCAACAUGAAAGCUACUGUUGAAGAUGAGAAGCUCCAGGGCAAGAUCUCUGACGAGGACAAGCAGAAAAUCCUGGACAAAUGCAAUGAAAUCAUCAAUUGGCUGGACAAGAACCAGACGGCUGAGAAGGAGGAGUUUGAGCACCAGCAGAAGGAGCUGGAGAAGGUGUGCAACCCCAUCAUCACCAAGCUGUACCAGAGCGCAGGAGGCAUGCCUGGUGGGAUGCCCGGUGGGUUCCCUGGUGGGGGAGCUCCUCCGUCUGGUGGAGCUUCUUCCGGACCAACGAUCGAGGAAGUGGAUUAAAGCCGUGGGGAAAUGCAUUCCACUAGCAGUUAGUAUUGGAGAUUGAAGGACCCAAACCUGUAGGCACAUCUGGGUGUACUUUGCCAGACUAAAACUCCAUAACUGAGCUGCUGUAAAAAUUAAACAAAACAUUUUCUGGGCAUUUUAAAUACUUGAACAUGUGCACAGGAGGGGAGAUGAAUACCAUUGCACUUUACAGUACUGUAAACAAGUGGAAAUGCAAUUCAUGUCCGAAGAAAUAAAAACUAUUUAAUGGGCAUCA